AUUUCACCUCAGUUGUACCGAGAGAGCCGAGAUGCUGUGGUCGAAGUCGGUCGUCGUACCGGUUUGAGGCAGGCCCUUCGCACCAGUUGUGUUGUAUACGUCUCCGGUGUCGGUCGGAUAGCGCGAUACUCGCAUCCCGAAGGCUUGAAAGUCGCAUUUGCUAAAAAUCGCCGAGGAUCCGUGCGACGCUGCCAGUGAUUCGUUGCAUACUUAUCGUGUCGAAAAUUCGGUCGCCGCAAACGUUGUUUGUCCUUCCGCCGAGAAGAGAGUCGACGGACGAUUGUGAGGUUUAAAGCAAAGAAAGAACCGGGCAGAGCCGAGUUUUCUUUGUAAUAUUAUAAACAGGAACUGCAAAUCUGAGGCAGAAAUAUGGCGCGUGAAUCACGGUGGUUGUUUUCGUCUUCGUGCUGUUGUGUGCACUAUUCAUUCGUCAUCCUCGUUGCUGCAUCCCUUGGAUUUUCCCUCGUCGUUUCAGCGGCUGACACGUCAGAAGAUUCAUAUUAUCGCUACAGAAGCGCGAACUUGGUGAAGAGGUCUGCUUUAGAAGUGCCGGUGAGUUUGGUCCUCUACAAUGAACCAGGGACCAGAGUGCGGCGGGGUACAAUUGAAGAACCACUGGUGCAGAACACAACUUUGGGUGUUACAACCACACCAUCGCCGAAAACAACAGUCAAAUUAAACAGCGGUUUUGAAAAUGUCGCAUACUCAACCGAUAACAACACUAAGAAUCCCACAUCUCAGCCAACCUCGGUUGGAACGUCUCCAGUCGUUGUUUCGCAACCAUUGAUUCCUGCUACUGGAAGAUCAGAUGUUGACCAUCCAAGAGUAUGGCCCAACGCGACGAUGAGGCCGAUUGUUCUGGAGAGUCCUGUUAACAACACUGAAGUUUUGGCUACAAACGUGACGCAAAAUAUGGACGAUUCGCUUGGCGAUGAUAUAAAUAUUAAUAAAUUUGGAGACCUUACAAACACCACAUUGUCCCAGAAUAAUAUCACCAAGACCCAGGAAGAUCAUCACACCUAUUACAAUAGCACGAUAUUCGAGGAUGAGGUAGAGGGCCGGAAGUUAUGGGUUGACAUGGACAAUCAUCCCAACCUUGUAGUCAAUGAGCUCCUCAGUGCCAGCCAUAGGAGAGCUGCGACGGUGAAGCUAUCAUUUGAUUUUCCGUUCUAUGGACAUAACGUCAGAAAUGUAACGAUAGCAACAGGUGGCUUCUUGUACACUGGAGAAUACGUGCAUAGUUGGCUAGCCGCAACUCAGUACAUUGCUCCUCUGAUGGCAAACUUUGAUACGAGACUGUCCAAUGACAGUUACGUCAAAUAUGCAGAUAAUGGCACAGCCUUUACUGUGGAGUGGUCUAACGUCGCACUUCAAGAAAAGCAAAACGUUGGCAACUUCACUUUCCAAGUGACUCUUCACAAAAGUGGAGAUAUCGUGUUUGUCUAUGCAGCUAUACCCCUAGUCAUUGAAGACAUUGCAGACAAUUUGCAUCCUGUCAAAGUGGGACUCAGCGAUGCUUACAUAAUCGACAGAACUGUCUUUUACGUGCGACGCAAGACGAUUUACGAAUAUCACAGGGUGAAUUUCAAGAGCCAGGACAUUAGAAAUUGGACCGUAAUUUACCUUCGAGCAUUACCAACGUGUCUGAGAAUGGACAACUGUAAUGACUGUUUGAACACAUCAAUUGACUUCAAAUGCAAAUGGUGCCCUAUUUUGAACCGGUGCAGCACUGGCGUUGAUCGUUAUAAGCAGGACUGGCUUAUGAGGAGAUGCGAGGAGCAGAGUAUCACGCAAGAGGAAAGCUGUCCCGUAAUAUCCUCGACGGCCACAACAUAUGCCGAACAUGAAGAUCAUAGUCAUGACGAUCACAACAACACAUUUGAUGUACCAAAAAUCGUUCAUGCAGCGAAUGCUCGCGGUCCUUUACCUACUACGGAUAAAAUGACUAUGGGGGUGUCUGGAAUAAUCGGAAUUCUCUUAGUGGUCUCGCUAAUCGUUGGCUUGAUUGCGUGGGGCGGAUAUGCUUAUCGCAACCCGCACAGUGCUUCUGGCCAAGUACUCAUCAGAUAUCGACCAAGUCAAUGGAGUUGGCGGCGAGGAGAAGCACGUUACACAGCCGCAACAAUUCAUAUGUAAUGAGGUACCAAGAGAAUGAACAAUAACAUCUGACAGUGAAGAGAAUCGGGCUGUCAGAGACACAUGAACUUCCUACUUAACGUAUACAGUACCUAUACUAUAGAAUACACUACAGUAGAGGACCAAGUCCGCUGGUUAGGAAAACCGAAUUCCCAGCGUCUGUGCGAAACUGCCAACUAAAAUUGUGAACCGUAGAUAAACGAUUAUGAAUAAUAAUUGUGUUGCGCAGUCGAGCUGAAAUGAAUAUUAUGGUAUAGUAUAUCGUCGAUGGAAGGAAGUGUAUGUUAAUUAGAAAAUAUAAAUCGCCAGAAGAUCGAAUUUAUGAAACGUAUGAUACACUUUGUAUCGGAUAUGUGUAAAUGGAAAACCAGUAUGCAUAUCUUUUUAGCAGUAAUAUUUACGAAUACCCACGUUUCGUGCAACUUUAUUUUAUACGAAACUCGCAGCCGUGUACGUAAUAUCUUAUACUGUAGGAUUUUGUGAUAACCGUUACGAUUAUUCGAUAUGUGGGUACUUUGUAUGUUUUACGUGAUCCUAAUCAUUGCGACGAGCAUAAUUGCACAAAUUAUAGUACUCGCGUAUCAAAAAUUGGUGAAAAGCUUCUAUAAAAUAACUUAGUAUACCGCGUAUUGACAAAGAUAAAUGAUAGAUCAAUCUAAGCCAACGCAUUUAUCUGAUCGCGUGCAUUGAGUGGUGUAGGAUUAAUUUAUACACUGAAACGUAGUUCGACCACAUUUUCACAAACUUCGAAAUUGCUACGUAUGCUCUUGGAAAGGAAAGAGAAUAAAGAAAAAUGGAUCAAAUGAAAUUGAAAGUGCCUUGAACGGUUUUUACUAUUCGUUACUAUUAUCGCUUUGGCCCAAUAUACCUAUGCAUGUGCAUUCACGAUCCCUAAUUGACUAUUGUGAAAUAAUUUUUAUACGAGAUCUGACCGAGCACAACUUAUCUGCUAAUUUUUAUUAUUAUUAAAAAAAAAACCUAUAGAUAGGAGAACUCGAAUAGUGUUUUUUACUUACAUGUCUUAUCCUCGUUGCCAAACCAACAAAGUCAGGUGAAAUGAGUUCAAACUCUCCUAGCGAUGAACUCUGGUAGCCAAAUUCAUCACCUACACAUAAUGUAAAUUACCUCAGUGUGAAUUGUUCAAUUUUCUUUCUCAUUAGUGUACCUUAAAUUCAACGCCCAUUAGAACAUUCCCAAAUGCGAAUAAUUUUUCAAAAAACUUUUUCAUCGCUGAAGAGAUUUCUUCGACUUGCUGGAUUAUGAGUGUGGCAACAUUGAGUUCUGUUAGUCUAUAAUAAGGUAAAUAUACAAUGUAUUUUAGAAAAUGACAAUUAAAGAUUACAUGCAUCUUUUGUGCAACACGUAUACACAUAUAUAUAGUAUACAUUAUACAUGAAAAUGGAUGAGAAAAAGAAUUUUAUAACGAAAAAAAAUCACACAUAUAUGAUAUUUUGGACGAUAUCUUCGUAAUUGUAUAUAGUAGUAUUUUAACGCAAUAUAAUGUUUACGUAUAAAUGGCUUAAGAAUUGUGAAGUGAAAAGAAAAACAUUCACACCCACUUUAAAGGUGCCUUGACCGUUUUCCUUUAUGAAAAGUUAUGAUGAUCAUUAAAACUCGCAGUUGAUCAAAGUGACAUUCAUUGUUAAUAAACUGAGAAAACUGUGAAUAUCGUUACGAUAUUGUUGGUACCUAAAUUGUGUAAGCCUUGACGCCAACUUUUAAAAAUCUGUAAAAAAAAUAUAUGUCAAAAAUGUAAACAGAUGUUUGGAAGAAAUGACCAAACUCGAAAUAACAGCCUAGCGAGCUGAUUGCGCGUUUACACUUACAUCUUUUUAUCCUGAAUAUAUUAUGAAAUGAAAAUAAUCAUGAACCUAAUUUAUGAAAACCAAAUCACAAACGAAAUAAAAUUAUAAAGCGAUAACGAUUGAAAUUUAUAGAUUUACUUAAGCUUAUAUUAUUUUAUUGUGUACGAUUUUAUUCAUAGUUUGUGAUAAUAAUUGUUUUAAUUAAUAUAGCGAUUAAACCAAUUCCUUCGUCU